UAAGAGCGUCAUAGCGAUUGUGAACAUCACCAUGAACGCUCAAAUUUGUGCUUUUCUUUGUGCCCUCUGCUUAACUUUGGCGUCGGCAGUUCCGACUCCGAAGCCAGGAUGUGACAUGGACAAGUGUGCCGGACCGAUGAAAUACUAUAACGACAUCGGAUGUGAACCAGUUUACAAAGAUCCAGAGGACUGUUGUCCCCUGAGGUACAACUGUGAUCACUUGAACUCUAGAUCAGAUGAUAAAUGUUACGCCUUUGGUCAUGAAUACAAUCCAACAGAACGCCUUAGGGAGGAGGAUAAGGGCUGUAAUCGGGAAUGUACCUGUGUGAAAGCGGAUGAUGAACCGGCCCUUUUCGCUUGUGUUCUUCAGGGAGUUCCAUUCUUGCCGACAAAGCCGGGUUGCUUCCGGCAUCGCGACGCUUCUUCGUGCGAGGCGGGACCUGAGACUUGCCCUCCAAAUCCAGAGGACAUUGCUAAGUGUGAAGUAGAUGGAAAGACCUAUCUCGACGGCCAAUACUUCCAGCCAGAGGGGGAGCCCAGAAAAUCCUGCUAUUGCGGUCCUGAUUACAAAGGUGAAAACGUGGCGCCCUUCUGCAAGGAUCUGAGUGUUGAGAAUUGCGGAGUCGAAUUGUGGAAUGGACACAACAUUCGAAACCGUUGUGCUCCGGUUUACAGUAUGGAUCAAGAUCCGAGGUUGGAUUGCAACCACGAGUGGCGUUGUCACGAAGAAGGCGAUAAAGUAGAGCCGAGAGACGACGUAAUACCAGAUCCCCCGGGAAUAUCAAUGGACUGUAACAUUGGAAAUUUCACUAUGAAAUUCGGAGAUGAAGUUAACCGCGUCUCAAGGGACUUCUGCAUCAAGUGUAGAUGUGAUCUUCCACCGCUGCCCACUUGCGCCGCGAUGCCUAAGAUAGUUUGUUCUAUGACAGCGGCUGACCUCGUUGAUUCUGAUGAGAAGAAGUCAUGAAUCCAUCAGUACCUAUUUGCUAAAUGUCCUUUAAUCUGGUGUUAAUCCAGGGUUAAUCUAGAGAAAAUUGGCGCAAAGAUGAAUGAUAUCAAAUGAAUCUCUAUGCGCUGUCUUAUUUGAACGCACAAUAAAAAUAUUUCAAAAUUA